AUGGAACUUAAGACUGCUGCUCAGAGCUUGGAAUUUGUUAUCGACAAAGCUCAGGCUGCUUUUGUGCAGACAGCCGUAGAAAGAAUUGCGGCUUUAUUUCAUGUUAAAGUGGAAUUCAAAGAUGUCUUUUCUGGGUCUGCUCAACACCAACAAUGGAUAUCAGUUACUGGAACAGACGAUGAAGCCAACAAGGCUAAGGAUUAUAUCCUUGCAUUAGUGUCACCAGCUGUGACUAUUCAGAUGAGGAACAUUUGUGGUCACCCGUUGUUCACUGCAAACAGAGAGGAGGAGAUUGAGAGAACUUCGGGUGCGGCCCUAAUCAAGUGUGAAGAUGAUAGCCUGGUGAUCUCUGGCACUGAGUUCACUGUCAUGCUGGCUCAGUCGAUGGUAGAUGACUUAUUUAGCAAGACAUGUGCUGAGGUCGUUGAUAUGGACAGUAAAGAAGUUUCCGAGAGCAGGGUCCUUGACUUUGGAACAGAUGUUUACACAAAAGAGGUUGAUGGAGAUCAGUUGAGAGGCAAUUCUUCUUUGAACAGGAACAACUCAGCAUUAACUUCUGUGGCUUCGCAGUUACCAGCCUUGACAGGGGCAGCAAUUCAUUACCCUGACAGCAAUUCCACUUCAGAUUUAUUCGCUAACUCAAACAGAAAUGCAGUGACAGUCAGCGAACAGAAGCUUGCGGGACGGCCAUUAUUUCCGCAUGAAUAUUCAUUGUAUGCAUCAGCAUCCGCCAUUUACCCAGGAAACCUCUCAGUGGCACCACAGUACUGUUCAAACGGUGCUGUUACACGUGUCUUUCAUACAGUAAACCAUGUUGGAGACGGUGCUGUGCCAAAAACAAGCUCCCAUGUUUCAGGAAGCCCCCAGCAAGUUGGGUGUAGUGAUUUGCCGAUGGAGGGUCCUAAACUUGACGCUUCAUCGCAAAGUGGGUCCUUGCAAACCAAGAAUCAACAGGCCUAUCUUCAAUUUCUAGGGCAGUCCUUGCACUACUCUCAAGCAGACAUUGAAAAGGGACUUGCUGAGUACAGCAUGGACGAUAUAGUGAAACCAGUCGAAUUUCUGAAGACUCUCAACAGAAUCAAAGCCCAGCGGCAUGGUGGGGGACAUCCCAACAUCAGCACAGGCAACAGAGAAAAUCCCAGCAUGCCACAGAAUUCGGCAGCCUCCCAUCGCGCAGCAACACGAGAUACUCAGUCGCAGAUGACCGUGAAUGAUUACAUUGAUUUGGACGAGAGUGUCAUCUGUAUGGGGUCUGUCAGUGAGGAUAAUGAUUAUGUUAUUGUGUCUUCAGAAGAUGAGUCAGGUGAAACUGAUGAAAAUAUGUCAGAUUAUCCAGUGGCCCCACACCCUCCGCCCUCCAACUAUCAUAAACCAGCACCACCACCCCACUCCGAACUGCAGAUCACAUUUAGAAAGGAACCAACAGGGAGAAUGGAUCGGGAGGUGACUCUGACCAAUGAUUCCACAACUGUUGGAGAAAGCAGUGCAGUAUCUCAGAGGCAGACGGGUCGAAGAAAUCUGAGAUACAUCAUCAUUGACGGCAGCAAUGUGGCAAUGGCCCAUGGAAAUAACAGAGUGUUUUCUGUGGAAGGACUAAGGAUUUCUAUCAACUAUUUUUUGAAGCGAGGCCAUGACAGAAUAACAGCUUUUGUCCCCGAGUGGCGACGAUAUUCUGAGAACCAGACAUCUAUAACAGGACGAGCAUUGUUGGAAAAAUUAAAUCAAGAUGGCUACGUCAAAUUCACCCCGGCUCGGCGAAUUAAUGGAAAAACGUUUGCUUGUUAUGAUGACAGGUUUAUUUUAAAUCUUGCUGAGAAGGAAGAUGGCGUUAUCGUGUCCAACGACCAGUUCCGAGACUUGUGCAAGGAGAGGGCUAGUUACCAGAAUAUUGUUGCAAAUCGCUUGCUACAGUUCAUGUUUGUAGGAGACCACUUUAUGCCCCCUGAUGACCCCCUAGGCAGACAUGGGCCCCACUUGGAUGACUUUUUACGAUAUCCCGAUUUUGGGCCGAAGCCAGUCUGGAAUGGUCG